CGCCUCUCGCGUUCCUCGGCGCGGGCUGGCGGGGGCGAGAGACCUCUGAGCCCUUACCGUUACUCAUCCCCGUCUCACUACCCACCUUUUCGUCAACGCCGUACACCACGAACAAUGGCAUCUGCCGUUUUCUCCAAGCUCAAAUCUGUCUCCACCAAGCCUCUCCAUCGCGUAUCCGCUCUCGCUACGAAGGCCAGGGCGAAGGUGGGGCCCCACCUUCCUCGAAGCUCCACCGUCGUCGCCGGCAUCAAAGUGUCCUUUGCGGUGGCCACGACGCUGGCCCCAUCCGUGCCGUAUAUGCAGGGUAUUGUGGACGCUGCGUCCAAGGUCAAGGAGCAUGCAGAUGCCAUGAAGAGUAACAGGAAGGAGUGCAAGAAGAUCGCGGCACUCACCGAGGACCUCGCUAGAGGACUGCUCGCCGCCAUGGAUGAUGUCAAGGAGGAAGAGCUGGACGAUCCCACAAGGCUGAACUUGGCUCUCUUCGAGUGGAAACUGCAGACGAUCGGCGAAGCCAUGGGUCAAAUGCGCAAGGAGAACUCUUUCCGCCGUUUCUUCGCGAAAGAUGAGCACGCAGAAACGUUGGCGGAGCACCGGCAGACGCUCCAAGAUGCCGUUUCCACUUUCCAGGUCAUGCAACUCGCGCGCGCGCUUCCUAGGAUCGUGCGUCUCGUAAAAAAGCAAGAUUUGGUGCUUCAUGCCGUUGGCUCGCCCUCUAGGCGACUGCCAACGUUGAGUGUUGCACGAAGGCCCCGAUCGAGGUGGCGAGACGAGCCGGUGAUAUGGACUGCCCGCCGUGAUUGCAAGGGGACGGUCAACCGGUCACCCUCAACACCAGUGCCAGUGACUGACGAUGCGAUCUGAUCGCCGCUGUCUCCCACCUGAGGUCAAUGCCGGAUUCGCGGACCCUAAGUAGAUCGCUUUGUAUCGCCGAUUUUCCGUACCGCUUUGAGUAGCACCGCCCCUGAGGUGUUUCCCCAAUCUAUUGCACUUUAU